AUGACAUCAUCGUUUGGUAUGGAGAAACGGUGGGUAACAGAUUUGGAAAAUCAGAAUAUCGAUGGUUCUAGAAGAUUGCGACAUCUGUUAAUGACAUGUGUGGAUCCUAUCGAAACGAUCAAAAAUUUCCAGGAACGAAAUAGUAUUAAGCUGCCGGCAUUAAAUCCUGCAUUACGACUGCUCGAUUUACACAAUAUUCGCAGAACAGAGUUCCAUGAAGAAGCAGCGAAUGAUAUAUCGGAUUUGCUGCUUGCAAAAAUCAAGGAUCUAGGUGCAACAGGGACUGUAGAAUCAGUCCAGUUAUUAGAAAAACAGCUGGAAAAGAGUUUCAAACUGUAUCGAGUUCCUAGCAUUCGACCUUUUGUGUUAGAAACGCUGAAGCAACUACCAAAAGCUCCGGAUCGAUACCUAAAAGUGAUUGUGACCGAUCGGGAAUUUUACGACAGUUGUGCGGUCACAGUACGACAACAGAUUUGGUUGAAGAACGAUUCAUUGUACAUGGAUGCAAUACUUCCAGUUAUAGAUUCUUAUAUUGAUGAAAAACAGAAAGUUAUGCAGACAGUGGACCAGUCACCAACGAACUAUUUUACAUGUGAGACAACCAAAUCCAGACGACAAUGGCCUCAAAUUUUAGAGCUAAUGGCAAUGGUUGGUCAGCAGGAACCGUUAUAUCGGCGGUUGAACAACGUUAUCCGUGAGCGUUUCUUGAAAUCUGCUGAUGCAACAUACUGUUCAUUGCGCAUGGAGCUUGUGAUGUCUGCUCAUGAUUUAAAUAUUGAACCUGUAAUCCGAUCAGAUCCAUGUCAUGAUUUAGCAUGGUGUCUAGAUGCAUGUGUCAGAGACAAACAUUUGGAUGCGCAACAGACGAAUAAACUGAAAAAUAUAUUGGAAUCAACCAAGAAAACUAAAACAGAGGUAAUUGGGGAUUUAGCAAUGAUUGCUGGUGAUGCACAUGUUAUACAUUUCUUAUGUUCAAUGGCCGUCAAAGUAUUGCGUGAUUCAGCUCUGCAUGCUACUGGUCAGUUGCCGAGAGAAUUAGUUCCCCUGCAACUUCUUCUGAGGUUAUUAUCGUUUGGAGCUUCUGCGCACAACGUUUUGUCAACUAACGAUGUGACCAUCUUACAAAAUGUUGACGCUCUCGUUUUCACUAAAUUCCUGGCCUCUUUUACUGCACUGAUUGUAGAAGACGUAAUACGAUACGAACUCAAUCGGGCGCCAGAUGAAAUUAUUGACGAAAAUCCUACAAGUGAUUUUCUCUCUGAUCCUUCGGAAGAGAUGUUGAGUUUUUUGAAGACGGAUGUGACAUGCGCGUUGCUCUGGAUUCAUUAUAUUUUGGAUGUUCUUCCAAGCAAACGUCGUGUUUCUGAUUUACCAGGCAUUAUGCGUUAUUUGAAAGCAUUACCACGUUUGAAAUAUAAGGUUGCCUAUUGUGACCCAUGGAUACAUCUGGUAAUUCACCGACUGUUACAGUCGGCACCGUUUGAUCAUCUUUUAUCAACUGAGCAAGCAUCACAUUUCAUCAUAGAAGAAUAUCUGUUGAAGGGAUUGGAUCGCUACUCCGGUGUGAAAUACCAUCUUCUUCGUAUUGUGCAUCUGUUAUGGUCUUCUAUUGGCGAGUUUCGUUGCCGUCUUAUCCUAGAUAAAAUUGCACCAGAGAAAAUAUUCGAACUAUGUGGUCGUGAAGUCGAGAUUGAUUUAAAACGAUACACUCGGGAAUACCAACGUAUACGAACAAAAAUGACGGAAAAAAACUCGUCUGCGGAUGGAUCUUUAUCGAGUACCUCGGUUACUACUGUGCAGUCUCUUUCAGACAGUACAUACACGAAUAAUGAAUCAGAAACUUUAAUGCCGAGGCCAUGUGAAGACUUAGUGCCGUGUGCUGCGUGGUACCAGGAUGGUUUUGGCGAGCAUCUGCCUUUUAUAAUAGGUUCACCAGGUCAAAGAGCACGCAUACCGGUUCCAUUCAUGGGUUAUUUGAGCCAGCAAACUUACGGCAUUGUAUGA